GUCUAGACUCAACCGGCUGAGUGGCUCGCCGUCUCCCUCUAGCUUGUUAGCCUGCACUCCUCCCUUUCUGUCCUGCAACACCUCCAACCUGCUGAUUCCCCUCCAAGCUUCCUCUUCCCCCUCCACUCAUCUCUUUUCAGCUCUCCCCCUAAUUUUAUUUUAAGGCUAGUGCAUGCUGACUCCAUCGUCUUGUUGUCGUUUCCCUUGACAUUCAUCGCUGUCAUUUCUGGCUCCUCAGAGGUGAGGAGAGAUGAAGGUGGAAGAUUCUGCAGACCGGCUGCCUCACUGUAAACUAUGGAAUGUUCUGUGCUGAAACCAUCACUACUCUCCAGUCUUUGGACUAGGCUCCAGACUCUUAGUUAGCAGCUGUGCUUCUCCCCUCGAACUCUUUCUAAACAGGGGACGAAGAAGAAGAGUGGACUUGGAGCCCUCCUAAUAAAAAGGCACAGAGCACUUUUCCCUUUUUACUAUAUUAAAAUCAUUUUUUUUCUCCAGCUUGGAUUUUUAAUUUUUUGGUGUAAAAAGAAUCAUUUCAAACAUGGACUUGGAGUCGUAUCUGUGGCUGGUUAUUCUGGGCUUUGUCAUUGCCUUUAUCCUGGCGUUUUCGGUUGGCGCCAACGAUGUGGCCAACUCUUUCGGCACGGCAGUGGGGUCCGGUGUGGUCACGCUGAAGCAGGCCUGCAUCCUGGCCUCCAUCUUUGAAACGCUGGGCUCAAUACUACUUGGAGCUAAAGUGGGAGAGACGAUCAGGAAGGGCAUCAUCGAUGUCAGCUUCUACAACGACACGGUGCCCAUUCUCAUGGCAGGCGAGGUCAGCGCCAUGGUCGGAUCGGCUGUCUGGCAGUUAAUUGCCUCCUUCCUCAAACUCCCCAUCUCCGGGACUCACUGCAUUGUUGGAGCGACCAUCGGUUUCUCCAUGGUGGCCAUCGGCACAAAGGGCGUGCAGUGGAUGCAGCUCGUUAAAAUUGUGGCUUCAUGGUUCAUUUCCCCGUUGCUCUCUGGACUCAUGUCUGGCCUUCUCUUCCUGCUCAUCAGAUAUUUCAUCCUUAGCAAGGAGGAUUCUGUCCCUAAUGGCCUGCGCGCGCUGCCUGUCUUCUACGCCUCCACCAUUGGGAUCAACACAUUUUCCAUCAUGUACACCGGAGCCCCAUUGCUUGGCUUGGAGAUGCUACCGGUGUGGGCCAUCUUCCUCAUCACGUUAGCGGGGUCGCUGGUCUGCGCCGGCCUGGUUUGGAAAUUCGUCUGCCCCUGGAUGCGGAAGAAAAUAGCAAGUCGGUUAAAGAAGGAGCAGGCUCUGUCCAGGAUUUCUGUCGAGAGCCUGGAUAAGAUUCCCGAGGAGGAAGAGGAGGAGGAGAGCCCGGUCUUCAAAGAGCUACCUGGAGCGAAGGGCACAGACGAGGCGGUUUUGCCCCUCACAGGAAGCACCAGCGACCGAGGCCCCCGCGACUCCGGCGGGGAGCUCACCAACUUGGGGAACGGAGGCCACGUCUUGCCAAACGGCAGAGUUUAUGGUCGGACUCACUCGAUGACCAACGGCUCUCUUAAAUCCCCCAUCGCCAACGGCAGCUUCAGCUUUGACGGUCACAUGCGUAGCGACGGGCAGGUCUACCACACCGUGCACAAGGACUCGGGUCUGUACAAAGACCUGCUUCACAAAAUCCACCUGGGCCGCACUGAGGACAACGAGCGCACCGUCUCUGGUGCGCCCGACAACAACUACCGGCUGCUGCGCCGCAACAACAGCUACACCUGCUACACCGCGGCCAUAUGCGGCAUGCCCGUCCAGCCCAUCAAGCGCUCAGAGUCCCGGGACGACAGCGAAAAGCUGGUGGGGGAGGCAGGCGGCAGAAGCAACAGCGUGUCUUACUCAAAGAAGAGGAUACGCUACGAUAGCUACUCGUCGUACUGCAACGCUGUUGCCGAGGCUGAGAUUGAAGCAGAAGAGGGUGGGGUGGAGAUGAAGCUGGCCACAGAGCUGGAGGGGGUCACAGAAGACGGAGCUCCAGCUCCAGAGCCUCUGGAUGACUUGGAGGACCACGAGGAGGACAAGGACAAGUCAGAGGUGUUUCUGCUGUUUCACUUCCUGCAGAUCCUCACGGCCUGCUUUGGCUCUUUUGCACACGGAGGCAAUGACGUCAGUAACGCCAUUGGCCCGCUGGUUGCUCUAUGGAUGAUUUAUGAACAAGGAGGUGUGAUGCAGGAUGCAGCCACUCCCAUCUGGCUCCUGUUCUAUGGCGGUGUGGGCAUCUGUGCUGGUCUGUGGGUUUGGGGGCGGCGCGUCAUCCAGACCAUGGGAAAAGAUUUGACACCCAUCACUCCCUCAAGUGGAUUCACUAUUGAGCUGGCUUCUGCCCUCACAGUGGUGCUUGCUUCCAAUAUCGGAAUCCCUGUCAGCACCACACACUGCAAGGUGGGCUCGGUGGUGGCCGUGGGCUGGAUCCGCUCCAAGAAGGCGGUGGACUGGCACCUCUUCAGGAACAUCUUCCUGGCGUGGUUCGUCACGGUCCCCGUGGCCGGCCUGUUCAGCGCCGCCGUCAUGGCCCUGUUCGUCUACGGCAUCCUGCCUUACGUCUGAAGGGCUGGGGGGGCGGGGGGAGUCGGAGACGGGGAAAGGAAGAUUUGGGAAAGAGUGAAGAGAUGGAGAAGAGGAGCGAGAUGUUUACAAGUGGUUCUGCUCUGAAUGUGCGUGGGUUUACAUCCCGACAUCAUCUAGAGGUUCUCCUGACUCGAGUUCAGAUUUUUCUCCUUUUUUUUUAAAUUUGGGUUUGAUUAAUUUAUUCUCGUUUUGAGAAGAGUUUCAUAAAAAGGCACUGUUCAAUCUGCUGUGAAAAACAAAACAAACGGCAACUUUCUACAGCUGCCUCAACUCAAAAGAAAAGAAAAAUCUGAAAGCUCGCAGCACAAAAGAAUUCUGCCUGAAGGAAGCGUUCGUCUAAAACUCUUCUGCGGUGUUUAGUAGCGUUGUCGGGAUUCCAAACAGACGUAAACUUGUACAUACGGUUGUCAUAGUCGGGGUGGGAUUCGUUGCUUUAGCGCUAAAGAAAAAAGGAUGCGCAUGACGUGUAGCGACCCCAUCCAUGUCACGUUGGCGUGCUGAGCGUACAGCAGCAGGCGAGCGUCAAGGACGGCGCUUUGUUUGUUUCGUUUUUUCACACCAUAGAAACCUAACAUACUAAAGAGUUGAUUUUCUGUCAGGCGCUCCUCUGUUUCAAGAGACGAAUCUUAUAUUUUUAAUGAUGUAUUAUAUUGUAAUUUGUAUUGUACAUAGUCUGUAAGGGGGGAGGGGGGAGGUUGCUUUAUGUGUUGUUUUGUGGGCAGAGGGGGGAGUUUCACGCCGUGGUUUUCUGCUGUUGCUAGGAUCAUUGUAACCUUUUUUCUUUUCUUUUGUGGAACCGUCCACUUCUCAACGGUUGAUUACGUGUCGCAGUUUUGACCGAAGGCUCCAAGUUGGAGAGAGAGGAAGCAGAACAGACCCAUGCCAAAGUAAAUGUGCUGUUUCUAUGAGUCCGUUUACAGGAGAUGCCAAACCGUGCAGACGCACACGUAGACCAGGUCCCGUACGUUCUUUUGUCUUCGCCUUUCGUUCUCCGUACGUCCGCAGCGUAUCGGCUUUGUCUGAUCUCUUCCAAACACGUUGGCCGAUACACAGAUAAUCCACAUUUGAUCCGUUAUUUUCCUUAAACGAAGACGUAACUGAAAGCCUAUCGUAGAGGUUUGUCGUGACGUGUUUGAGUCCGGACACACUUUACAGUCGUAUAUCUCCAAACUCCCAUUUGUUGGUGAAGCGUUAAAAACCCACUCCGAUGGAAAAAAAACGCUGGUUUUUGGUGUUUUUAACUCCUUAUGGCAUUUUUGUGACGAUGGAGGGGAUACAUUAAAAAAAUUAAGCUUAAAUUUGCAUGUUUUUGUUCAUAUUGUUGUGAAUUGGGAGCAGACGAUAAAAUGCCGUUUGAAAAAGGUCAUGUUUGUCACUAAAAAAACAAUGAGCGGGAUGCAAGACCCACCGCUCCACAUCCAAUCCAUGAACGCCUUUUUCCUCGUCCGAGCUGAUCUCUGGCUCAAAACUGUACGGCUGGAAAGCUCCAACAUUUUUGGGGGUGUGAAAUUGGAUCCAAAGAUGAUCGGAGUGGGUCUUUAAGGCGGAAUUAUAUCAGCAAGACUCUGCAACAGGAAAGUUCAUAUCGACCGAAACCGUACUGGUGUUUAUAUGCAACGAUCUGCACUAGUCCCCUUAUGAAACAUGCGGUCAUAUCAAAGUCCCCCCGCCGAUAAUCACAGACCUCUGCGCUCACCUGGUUUGGGUUAGCAACUCCUUACCGACGUGCGGCGUCUGCCUCAGCCUGCCGAGCAAAACAAACCGCGGCGAACGAGUGUCAAAAAAAAAUUCUGCCAACAGCGCAUCCAGACGAGUGCUGACGGGGCGUUCAGGGGUCAAAACCUUAACAUCAUGACAUCUAAGAGGGUUUGGAUGGAUGGAACUGAUCAUCACCAGCUUUCUGACCGGGUCACCUGACCUGCAGAUGAACAAAAAGCUUUUUUUCUCCAUUUGAACAAACUUCGUGGCAGGUGUUCUUGUGCUGUGUUUUCUUUUUAAUGAACAAAUCUAUGCUUAAGUAGCCACAUGCCUUGUAACAUUGUGUUUUACUCUGUGCAGAUACACUAAAGUAAUUAAGUACUGUGGAGUUUACAUUGUAACCAUAUUGUAGAGUAUCUGUAAUAACAAAACAAAAAAAACGGUUGCCUAAUGAUGCCAAUGAAAGACAAUUGAAAACUAUUUUUUUUUAAGUGCAAAUGAGAAAAAAAAAUGAACCAGAAGUGUCUAGAGAGUGAGCGGAAAUGUGUGAUUUUCUCUUUCAUGGUGGUAGUGCUGAUCAUGAUCAUUGUCACUUUACACUGCUACUACGACGUGUUAACACUACCUGUGUGGGUGCAAUUCAGUAACGGAAGUACUAACGAGAAAACUUCAUCGAAACUAUAUUUUUCUAUCAUAUCUGAGUUUUAACCUGGGUGAGAUUCCAGACCUUUUUUUUUGGGAGACGCUGGGCCUGAUGGGAAGCCAGCUGCCUGUUGGUCGGUUUUCGGUGCGACGCCUCGCCGGUGCCAUGUGCCACGCUUCCUCCCAGCCCAGCGUGUCUCUCGAAAGCGUAGAUUGACGUGUCGGUUGCCAGUAGAGCAGAUUAGAAGCUAUCAUUUUUUUUAUUUUUGAACUUCAGAUGAAACACUUUGUAAUUUUGUUUCCCUACUGCUUUGCUCAUGAGCUGCCAGAGCUGCAGAGAAAGUCCUCAAAUUAGAUUUGUAUUAGACUGCGAGGAAAAACUAAAACGGACUUUACUGAUUUGUGACCUCUGGGAGCUCAUGACCUUUUUACUCGGCCCACAGGCUGAGAGGGGGGGGCUGCAGACAGCUGGUAUGCUCACCUAUUUUUAUUCAGAGUGCCUGGAAAACUUUCCAAUUUGCAGAGAGAGACGGUUUUCCAGCGCUACAGUUGGUAAUCCUCUGAGGCUCAACUUGUACAAGAUGAUAAAUGUGCAGAAGCAGAAGGUCAUAAAGAUGCAGAAAGAGGAUUUAGUUUUCAGUUUCCGCUCUGAAAAUGUAGAUUUGCAUCAAGGUGUAAUCGGUCUCUGAAGUGCAUGUCGGAGCAACAAACUGCUGCUGACUCAAUGGAAAGAGUCAUCCAGCCGUAAGAGACGCACAGCUCUGCGUUUUCUCUUGACCUCUGUGUCAGAUGUGUUAGGAACCAGGAAUCAAACCAGCAACACUUUCUGCGUCUCUGAUCUGCUUUGGGCGUCCCCGCACACUCUGCAGGCCCCCCUCACGACUCGCACCGCCAUCUUUUUGUGUGUGCGCGCGCAUGAAUUCUUAGUCCUGAUAGGCCAAAAGAGGUGCACAGUUUAAAGGGAGGAGGGGAAAGUGAAAACGGGGGGCAUUUUAAAGUCUCGAAAAACAGGAGAAAAGGAACAAAAAAAAAGCACAAACUGCUGCAGAAAUGUCAGUUAUGUGUGCGUGCCGCCACUAGAUGGCACAGUUUGACACUUUCCCAUCCAAAUAGGGCAGAAUUUCAUCUUUUCAUUGUAAAUCUGUUGCCAUUUGAGGAAGUUGCUGUACUUCCCACACCUAUUAUGGAGAAAGUCUAAACAGAAUGUGCAAUUUCUCCCCCUGGUUCUGCUGCCCCACGCGUAACAGCGCCCGAGGUGGCGGCGGGGUUGGGGCUUCAGUUCACGUGGAUGUGGUGUCUAGUGUGUUCUGUAAUAGAGCGUGCUCCUUGGCUGGCCUGCAGGCCUUGUCUCUUUAAUCUUUGCAGCUCCUUCAUCGUCUGGUCCUUUUUUGAGAACGGUCGUAACAAAUGGAUUUAAAAACAAACUGUAGCCUGCUUCUAUGAAAUCUUAAAGCUCUUUCUAAUUUGCAUAAAUUGUACUGUAAUGUUUUUAUUUAAGAUUUUAGUGGAAAAAUGUCUGCAUUUAACUAAAUUAUGGGAAUUAAAAUUACAAAGGAUAUCAAACAUCA